GUUUCCAAGCAAGGCGUCCAGUCAACGCACAACAGCCUCAUUGAUUAUUUCUAUUUUCUGCCGAAGCCUCAACCACAACUUGCUCCUCCUCAACGGAACAUCUCUCACUUUUCUUUAGAAUCACUCUUUCGCUGCUUCUUCACUCUCGCUCGCACCCAACGCUCUCUCAUGCCUUCUUCAACCUCCAAGCCCAUCCUUCCAUGGAAGACCCACCUCUCGCUCUCCCUUGUUUCUGCAGUCACCGAUGCCGUUCGCCGUUCCGACGGUACCCUCAACCGCCGAGUCAUGAACUUCUUCGACCUCAAAACCAGCCCCAAUCCAAAACCCAUUAAAGGUGUUAAAUCCUCCGACGUUACCGUCGACCCCUCUCGAAAUCUCUGGUUCAGGCUUUUCACACCCACUUUGGUCACCGCUUCUUCGUCUCUUCCCGUCAUUGUUUUCUUCCACGGUGGUGGGUUCACGUAUCUGUCAGCCGCUUCCUUCUCGUACGACGCCGUUUGCAGACUGUUCGCUCGUAAGUGUCCCGCUAUUGUAAUCUCUGUGAACUACCGGCUCAUCCCGGAACAUCGGUAUCCUGCUCAAUACGACGACGGGUUUGACGUCCUCCAAUUCCUCGACCAAGACGGUGGCGAUUUGCCCGAUAGUGCUGAUUUGUCGAAGUGCUUCUUGGCCGGUGAUAGUGCCGGCGGGAACUUGGCCCAUAACGUGGCAGUUAGGGUCUGCCGGAACAGGCUCCGGAAAGUGCGGGUUAUUGGGCAGAUUUCGAUCCAGCCAUUUUUCGGAGGAGAGGAGAGGACCGAAUCCGAGACCCGACUUCCAAAAGCCCCGCUGGUUUCAGUCGAGAGGACCGAUUGGAUAUGGAAGGUGCUGCUGCCGGACGGAUCCAACCGAGACCACGAGGCGGUUAACGUGAGCGGGCCGAAUGCGGUGGAUAUAUCGGGGAUGGAUUAUCCGGAUACGAUCGUGUUCGUGGGUGGUUUUGACCCGUUGCAGGAUUGGCAGAGGAGGUACUACGAGUGGUUAAAGAAAUCAGGGAAAGAGGCUGAAUUGAUCGAGUAUCCAGACAGCAUUCAUGCAUUUUAUGUAUUUCCAGAAUUGCCCGAGGCUUCACAGUUAAUUUCUGAAGUGAGAGAUUUUAUCAACAAGCGCGUGUCCAAAUUGUAACGAAACUGGUCGGAUCGAGUUUAUCUUUGAUGGUUCUCUUCAUAUAAACAUGUCUUUGUUUUUGUUCUUUAAUUAUGUAUUUUUCGAUGUUUAUCAUGUGUUUUCCCUUGUAUCUUCCUCCUCCUCAGUCUUGUUGCCACCACAUCAUGGCAAUUUUAUGAAUGUGAAAGUAUAUAGAAAUUGAAGUUUAGAUGUGCAAUAA